AGCAUGGGUUCCUCGUCGACUUCAUCUUUCAUGUCCGCCUUGGCGGAUGAGCUCAUCCUAGACCGGGAUCCGCGCACCGCCGACUGGAUCCUGGCCGGAAACAGCGCGUUCCUCGUCUCGCUGUUCAUGGUCUACGUGUACGUCGUAAAAAUUGGAGGUCCCCGCUUUAUGAAGGACCGCAAGCCCUACGACGGUAUAAAGCCAAUCGUCAACAUCUACAAUGCCUGCAUGGUGAUUCUGAACGCCUAUUUUACGACAGUUUUUCUCACGAAGACCUACAUGGGCGGCGGCUACAGCCUAUUCUGCCAGGGUAUCAACUACGAGACACGCGACGAGGUCACCAUGAGCCUUCUCAACCUGUGCUGGUGGUACUUGCUGGUGAGGAUCGCCGACUUCAUGGACACGGUGUUCUUUGUCCUGAGGAAGAAGGACUCGCACGUUUCUUUCUUGCACGUAGCUCACCACAUCAUCGUGGUGUUCAACGGCUCCUACGGCCUCGGCUACGGUCCGGACGGCCAGGCGGCACUUACCCUCAUACUGAACUGCUUUGUCCACGUCAUCAUGUACACCUACUACUUCCUUUCCCUGCUGGGACCCGCCGUGCAGAAGCACCUCUGGUGGAAGCGCUACCUUACCCAAGUGCAGCUCGUCCAGUUCUGCAUCAUUUUUGUUCACAUGCUGGUCCCGAUGUUCUACAGCUGCGGUUACCCGAGGCCGCACAUCUACGUCAUGCUGUGCGAGGCAGUCUUCUUCUUCACGAUGUUCAUGCGCUUCUAUUUCAAGGCCUACCGGGACAGGAACAGUCCCGGCAGAAAAACCGAGGAGAGUGAUCGCGGCAAGAGCAAGGUUCAGUGAAAGCGUUGGCUUAGGCGAUUCUGUGAUACGUACGGGGACUGUGUAUCGUGGUCGCUAAGCUACAAUCCAUGCGUACCGAUCCAAACAGCGGAGGAAGUUGAGCAGCACAGAAUGGUUAGGUCUUUUUUUCCCCUUUAGCCUUUAAACUCGACCUCACGUCGGUAACGUCACUCGAGAUAGAAAACGUGAUGUGAUAUCUG